AUGAUUGCACCAGAAUCUGUUUCCUCUUCGUCUAUGCUACAGUCUGAAAAAAUGUCCGUAAAUAACCUGGACAAUUAUGAAACGUCCAUGAUGGCUUAUCCCUCAUCUGAAUUGUCGAGCGAAUCGGUUUCACCUUCAUCUCCGUCCAUGACAAAUCUAUGGGGCGGUUUUGAAGAGCCUAAGGAAUGCCCUACAUCUCUGCUUGAUCUCGACUUUUCUGAAGAUGUGGAUGCUCAGCCAUCUACAUCUCUUUUCCUAACAGCACCGUUUGAGGAGGUUCCCUCGCGAGUGGAUGAGCCAGAAGUGGCCACUGGAUCUUCCCCUUUUGUCCAGGAUCACCAUGAUUCUGUUGUGUCUCCAGCGCUAAUCAACCCUCAAGUUUUGUCUGCGCCACCCAUGCCAGCCAUUACUGAGGAAGUCUUUGUGAAGGCAGAAGAGGUGGCACAGGAAGAAUCAGCCACGCCAAUGAACGAGUCCCACACUACUUUCACAACUUUCUCGCCUGAACGUCUAGACGACUCCGAUUCUUCGUCUAUCAAGCCAUUGUUGUCCAUUUCUACCUACUCGAAGGAAUCGCAAAAAGAUGUAGACGAUCUUCGACCCUCUUUGGAAGAAUACAACAAACUCUCUAGCAAGGAAAAGCGCCAGCUGCGUAACAAGAUUUCAGCCCGCAAUUUCCGCAAUCGCCGUAAGGAGUAUAUCCACCUCCUGGAGGAGCAAGUCACCGAGCGUGAUGCCCUCAUCAAAAACCUGCAGGACCAACUGUCUUCUCUGCGGCUAGAAAACUCACAAUUGCAAGACGAGCUUCGUGCGCAUCGUACACGCACUCCCUCUACGGUUGAUGUAUCAAAGCUCCUCACUGCUUUGCAGCGCACGUCGCAAGGCGCUUCAGAUGCUAACACGCGAUCCCCUCAACUCACAGUACCAAAUACACGAAAGGAUGUUAGUGCUGCCUCCCGGCCAAGCUCUCCCUCUCUAUUCUGGAGCGGCGUGAAUGCUGGAGCUAACCGCACUACCGUCAUGGUAUAA